GCAAACAUUCAUGGCAGGAGUGGCAUAGAGAGGAGGUUUAGAGUGAGCAGACAACGGUUGACAGCAGCAGCAGCAGCAGUUGAUGCUGUGCAGCGUGUAGAAUCUCCCCAAUGUUCCUCAAUUGAUAAUGCUCAGUCAAGAUUAACGAGGGUCAAUUUGCAUGCUGGAUUAGCUGAAUGGGAUGACUUGGAUUGCAGAGUACGUCUGGUGAGGCAGCACGGCAGAGGGGAAGAGGGCCUUGGUGUGAGAAGCGUGCAGUGUGUGAGGAAGCAGACUCUCACAAUCCAUGUGACACAAGUCUCAGAGAUGACUGCGGCUUUUCUCUGUGACAAGUGAAGCAAUUAGAAGCCUCUAAGCUGUCAUUAUAGAAGAUGUCUUGAAUUUCGCAUCUGCUUCAGUCAGUGGUUUGCUAUUGCAGUGGUAUGGAGCAGGCUAGUGACGAAUAGUUUCGGAUUUAAAGCCUUACAACCCUGCUCAUGCUCACAGAAGAAUACUGACAGCUUUGUUUGAAGCAGACGGACUCUUCCUGUCUUUCUGUGUUCUUCUUACCAUCUCCUUUUGUCCUCUCUGAUACUUGAGUGCACAUGCUUCCAAUGGCGGGAAUGAGUUUUUGGGAAAAGUAAUUUUCCUGUAAAAUACAGCCUCUUCCUGGUGUAAUUGCUGUGGUGCAGUUAUUGUAGCAAUCAAAUGGUAAUUGAAGACAGUUACCGUGGCGACUUGAACAUUGCCGGAGGACAUUGUGGCAUUAUACAGUGUCAUCAACUGAAAAACAGAGGGAAUGGAGUAUUGUGGAACUUUACAAUUUAAUGUCUCCUUCAUGAAUAUUCAUUGGAAAUAUCUGUGAACUCCUAGAGGGUUGAUGGCAUGCUGUACUCAAGACUGAUUUUUCUGAAAAAAAGGGAAUUGUUUCACGGAAAACCUGUUUGUGUAGUCACCACAUUAUCGACAAACUUUGAUAUCGGACUGACAAGAGCAUCUUCAAAGACUGUCAAAAGAUUUUUAAUGUGGAAGCAUUCCUGUGAACAUCACUGCUGGCUGUUUUCUGAAUAUUGAUAAUCUUGACCUGGCCUUUUCUCAGAUGGAAAGUUGAUAUGAUUUUGUAGCAAUUGGCUGAAUAAUUGCACUGUGCUUUCACAUGUUCACCCAAAAGAAGAAUCAAUUGACUGUUUUUGUGAUAUCAACUCUGAAGAUGAGACACCUUCGGGAAAUACUAGGAAAUAAUAACUGUUCUUUUUAUUGUUGAAGUUUUAGACAAACUAUUGCUGUGAUUGCGUCAGAGUUUGAAAAAACCCUGCAAUGAUCAUUUUGACAGCCUGUCUUUUAUCUCAAAGAAAAUUCAGGCAAGCUUUGCACUGACAAGAGAAUCAUGGUGCCAUUUACGUCAUGCGUUUGCUUUUCAAGAAAUUGUGCUUCAAGACGAUGGCGUUUUGUCCGAGGAACGAUGACCCUUGACAUAGCAGAGGGUGACUCAGUAGCUGAUGAGAGACGGGGUGGAAUCUCAUUUGAUCGAUCGGACAAAAAUGCAAUAUACGUCCGGACGCUUGCUGAUGUUAAGAUGAGGGCGAAGCCUGAGAAGACAGCUCCCCUUGGGAAUGCCAAGUCAUCUAUUUUGGAGUCUGAACACAGGGUGCUGGAGAGACUUACCUUACCGGAGUAUAAGAUGAGGUUUCGAUCUCGGUUCCUAAGCCUACACAAGGUUCACCGUCGGCGCCGGCCAGUGCUGAAGGUGGUUGGACAUAACAAAGUCCUCUUGGAUUCUCACUAUGGCAACCAAGCACAGUGUUUGCUGUCAGAGUUGGGGCAUUGGGACUUCAAUGUAUUCAGCCUGGACACAUUGUCAGCGGGUCGAUCUCUCUUCCAUAUUGCAUUCCAACUUUUCCAAAAUUAUGAUCUCAUAUCGGUCUUCCAUCUAGAUGUUCUCAAGUUAAUGAGGUGUUUUACAUUACUAGAAAGUGGUUACCAUGACAACAAUUCCUACCACAAUGCUGUUCAUGCAGCAGAUGUGACACAGGCUAUGCACUGCUUCCUACAAGAACCCAAACUUCGAAACUGUGUGACUUCUCUGGAGGUAAUGGUAGCCUUCAUUGGAUCAAUGUCACAUGACUUGGAUCACCCAGGUGUCAAUAACACCUUCCUCAUCGCCACAGCCAAUCAUCUUGCUACAUUGUAUAAUAACUCAUCAGUGUUGGAGAACCAUCACUGGAGGUCUGCAGUUGGAGUCUUGCAGGAGACCAGAGUGUUUGACCAUCUACCCAGGGAUCAGUGGGAUGAUGUCGUGAAGCAGAUCAAGUCACUGAUUUUGGCAACGGAUAUCACACGCCAACAGGAAUUCCUUCUUAAAUUUAGACGGCGUCUAGAUAAUGAAGAAUUUGACUAUGUAAAUAACAGCGAUGACAGACAUUUCAUUUUACAAAUUGCCCUAAAGUGUGCAGACAUCUGCAACCCUUGUCGGAUGUGGUCUCUCAGCAAAGUGUGGAGUGAGAAGGUGGUAGAGGAAUUCUUUAAUCAAGGUGACACAGAGAAAGCUCUACACAUCCCAGUCACUCCAUUAUGCAACAGGAAGUCGAACACUGUGGCCAAGAUACAAGCAGGCUUCAUGGAGUUUGUGGUCACUCCCCUGUUCAUGGAGUGGUAUCGGUUCAUGCCAUCCGAUUUGAGUCGCAGGCUGCUGGACAAUAUAGCCAAGAACAAGAUUCGCUGGAAGAAGAUUAUUGAUGAGGAAGCUCUUCAGGUUCACGAGUCCGACAGCUCUUCUUCUAAAAACGAACAUUCAAAUGACGACCCAGAUGACAGUGAUGAAGAGGAAGAGGAGGUUGAAGAUGAUGUAUGUAGCGAAGAAAAUGAUGUUGUGGAGAACGACAUCAACCUUGCUUAUCACUAUGACUCUGAGCAGAUGAGUGAAAGUGGGCGGAGUCUGUCGCCGGUGUCGGAGGAUGUUAAUGUGAUCAUCGUUCCAGGAAGCAGGAGACACAGUAUGCCUCCUGUGUUCAUUCGAAGGGAUCUCAAUUUCUAUUUGGGAAUUCGGAGGGACAGCGGACCUAAAGUUCCCCUUCUCCGACGACAGAGUUUGCCAACUACAACGCUUUUCAAAUCUACCUCGGCAGAUAUAACUGUUUCCCCUGCUGUUGUGAAGGAAGUGCGGAGUCUUUCGAUGGAAGCACUCAUGUCUCGGCCGAAAAUCUCAAAUCUCAGUCCGAGCAUUGAAGCCAGUAGACUGGCAAGUGGGUUAGAAUACUUGAACUUUGUGCCAUUGAAAAAUCAAACUUUGGUGCUUCAGAGAGGGAGUAUAACUAAAUUUACCUCUUCCCAACGAACGAUCAAUUCCUUGUCAGAUAUUACAUUCCAGUCAAACCGCCCUCUGGAUCGUGAUGAUUUGAGACUGUACUCUGACUCACUAAAAAAUGACAGAAACCUUCCAAAUGUUGGUCUUGCAUCGAGCUGGCCGACAAUAUCGCCAAAGGCUAAGAUAAUCAGUAAGGGUAUUCCAGGAGUGAAGCUUCAAACAAACAUUUCAUUUCUUGCUCAAAAGGAGAAUGAACCAAGGGGAGACAACUGCGAUGUGAUUGCUGACAAUCCACCAAUCUGUCUUUCAGAGAAACAGCGUGAUGCAGCUCCAGGCAGGCCUCAUUAAGUCAAACAUUUCCAUGUCGUUUCUCAUCUGUUUGUCAGUUUUGCACCAUUAUGGUUGUCAGUGAACUUAAUAGAAUUAAUCAUACCGUUCUUAUGGGUAUGCUCCAACUUUUUUACAACACAUCCCUCAAUGAAUGUGUAUAUGCUGUUGCUAGGGGUGCUUUGAUAAUCCAUACAAAGAUGGAUGUUUUAUCUUUUAUAAGUAUUAGUUAUUGUUUUGCAUAAACAAACAUCGUCUCGACAUUUCAGGUGAAGCAAUGCAAUUGGUAGUGUCAUCCGUCUCUACACGUAGCUGCUACGGUAUUGCUAUACAUAGUACCAUUUCUAUAUUUUCUGAACCGUUAAUGCCAGUGUUGUACCAAAGUCAUGACAUCUUGAAGUUAUGAUAUACUGAAAUUGUAUAGAAUUUACACAUGGUAGGAUAUAUGCCGUAUUACAUACCUGCUCAGAUAACUAACCCCCCAUACAAUAUUUACACAUCCCUGGAAGUAUUGUUUAUCAUGCUGUACUAAGAUGGAAAGUUUACGUGAAUGUUCAGAUUUUCUGUAAUCACAUUGUGAAUUGUGUUGAACAGAUGCAAACUACACAUGCCAAAAUGUUCUGGAAAUAGCAUGUAAGCAAAUAUUUUUUUGGGUCAACAUUUAGUUCCCUAAUUACAGUAUUUUGUAUUUAAUGGUGAAAAUAUUCAUGGUGUUUUUCAACAUUUUGAAUUCAAUUUUGUUCAGUUUAAUUAAAGGAAAGUGUGUGGGAACUGAUCUACUGGUAUUUAAUACAGCAAGAAGCAGAAUGAGGUUAUUGAUGACUUAAAAGCAACUACAUAUGUAAGGGAAUGUGCAUGUAAAAAUUGAAGCUAAAAACAAGUAGAUCACAGACUGGUCAGAGAGGUUCCAGAUAUAUUUCUUUCAACUGGUGUGUCACGGGCACUUAUUGUGGCAAGUAUGGUAUGUUUUUGUCCCAAGGGAGAUUCUUGGCUUAGGGUUUAAUCAUUGUGAAACAAGAACAUCGAUCCACAUUAAAGUAAAAAAAACAUUAUAGAUUCUCAGGCACAGAAACAUCAGGAACUGAAAUCAUUUUCAUUUUAUUUCAAAAGACAUUGUUUAGUCAAUUGGUUUGCUUUUUUGUGUCAGUUAAUGGUCUUUAAUUCUGUAUAUAUAUAUCACUUCUGGUAUAAGCCACAUGACAUCACUUGGUUGAAAAUGGUGAUGGUAUCUACACCGAAACAUUGCACUCGCUGUAAUAGUUGUAUAUUCAAAAGAAUUAUCUCCCUUGGUUGUCAUUCAACUUCGAAAUACAGUUCGAAAAAAUGUUGGUCAUGAUUUUAUUUUUAUGCCCUUAAAUGUAAACCUGUAUCAUGAUACAGGUCUGUAAAUGAUAAUGUAAGUUUGGAAGAGGCAUGACCUGUAAUGAAAAAUGGUAUAUCAUGUGUUUUGGGGGUUUUCUUAGAAUUUUAAAUUAUUUGUUAAAGUCUGGGUAAACACUCUCAAUGACUUCACUUGAAGUUGUUUUCAUAUUAUGUGAUUGUUUUUAUAUACUGAAUCCCUAAUUCAGUAAUUUGGGCAAGUCUCGAGUAAAGUUUACUCUGAAUUAAUUGACCUGAACGUGUGUAUUUCAUGUUCGUUUGAAAAAGUUCACGACUGUUUGCUGAAUAUAAAGAUUUUGAUGUUUUCAGUGUUGUAAGAAAAAUAUCCUUAAGUAAAAAAAGUGUAUUGAACUAUGCAAAUGGUGUCUUUGUAGAGCUGUGAAGUUAUCAUUGCGUUACUGACCAGUAUGUUAUUAAUCUAUUACUACAGUCCAGCAUGCCAACCCUCGUCAGACAUCACAUAUAUUCAUUCCGCACUGGUUCAGGAUGCUCUGGCCAUGCGUCAGUAAAGGGGAUACAGUGUCCAGUAAUCCAGUAUAUAUUUAACAAAUCAUGAGUAAAUUGUGAAGAUAUUGUCCUGAGGAAUGUUGGAUAAUUUAUGGCUUGUUCAUCUGGAACCGGCAUUAUCAUCAUGUUCGAGACUUAGAUCCUUGUUUUGUCUCUGUCUAUGCUUGUGCGUUUCAAUAUGUUUAUGGUUAAGACUAGUCAAAGUUCUAACUAUCAGUAUGUUUAAUGUAAAAUUAUGUGUAUUGCUGAGAGAUCAUGCUCCUAACAACAUUUCUGUCUGUUGAAAAGUUCCAAGGAAUACUUAAUUGUACAGCAUACAGAAGUCUGAUAGGGUCUGUUGUAGUGGUACGACUUACAUAACCCUUACCACUGUGGAAGUGCUAUAGUAUAAGGGAUCUGAAGGUUACAGGAUUCUGUUGAGAUGGAAUUGAGGUUCUUGUCAAGGACUCGAGUGUCCAACCAUGGAAGAUAAGUGAGAGAAACUGUACAGUGUGUGAACCAUGUGGCAUAUUACCAUUGAAAGAUGGUAAUGGAGUCCUGGUAGGGCUGUCGACAUGUGUACUCAACUCCAAUUCUUUUCUGCCUGAUGCACACUGUGAUAUCAGUAUGUUUUUGAAAUGGAGCCCAAGGCACCAUGUUUAUGUACUGCCAGUAUGAUAGAAGUCCAACAACUGCUUCUGGAAGAAUAAUGCUGGAUGUUGUAAAAUGUGAUCUUUGCAAAGUUAUCUCCCUUUCCCACAAAGCUGAUAUGAAUUUGUGACUUCAGAAACUUUGCUUUUCUGCUUGUCCAAACCAGAAAGGACAUGGACUCUGUCCCAUCUAAGACAUGAUCCCAACAGCUAAUGCUGGAUAAUGUAAGUUACCUCCCUUUCACCUUUUUAAUUUAAAUUUGUGACUUCAGAAAACUGCCAUAAACUGCAUGUCCCAACUUGACAGACCAGGGUCUCUGUCCCAUCCAAGCCAUGGUCCCACAGGGUGAUUAUAGUGCUAUGUGUACAAGGCAAUGUUUAAGUGCUUGUGCGGACAAGACGUGAGCAGAAUCAUCAUAUUUUAGAUAUGAUCAAUAUGUUAUGUUUUAUUGUAAUAAAGAAUGAAUUGAUAUUUUCUUCGCCAACAUGCACCACCUGAUUUGUUGUUUGUUUAAUAGGUUAUGUUAAUAAUGAUGUAAUACAAAUGUAUUUCAGUCUCGGCAGACCCUCAGUAUCAUGUUAACAGUAUCUUACAUGGCGAGUGUGCUUGACAUACUUUUCAACAAGGUGCUUAUUGUAUUCAUUUCACUUGGGGAACAUGUGUUUCAGUGAACUGUUUCAAAGGAAUUGGGUUAAAUAAAGAGGUUUACAAAUAAGCAGAAUUGACCAAUCGAAAUGUAAAUUAUGUUUUUGUAUGAAAAACAGAAUUAGAAACUUUAACUAGGAUGUUUAGAAUUUUAAGCAUAAUAUCACCUAAUUGUCCUAAAUCUAUUGUAUUUAAUCUGCUGUUUAUAAUAUAUUCAGUGUAAUUGUUUGGAUGACCUCAUCUGUAAGCUGUUUGACUGUAAUAAUAUGCAGUUGAUCAUGCUUGGGUUUUCUUACUUACAAAAGUGAAUUCUUUCAAAUGUUGAACUUAACAGAACAUACUUUGGUUGGGGUGGUAGGGUAGCCUAGUGGUUAAAGUGUUAGUUCGUUUUGCCGAAGUUCUGUGUUUGAUUCUCUAUCCAGGUACAAUGUGAAGCCCAUUUCUGGUGUCCCCUGCAAUGAAAUUGCUGGAAUAUUGGUAAAGCAUUUAAUCCCAGCUCAUUCAUCCAUACUUUUGUCAUAUUUUUAAAACAACCUGGUUGACCAUUCAAAAGAAUAGGGCAAUGUAAAAAUGUACAUGUUCCAUAAAUUUUGGAAACAGGAUAUAAUCCAGAUGAGUUACCAGCAGUGGAGCUGACAUGUCUGUAACUGCUGUUAGUUAUGUAGAGGUUCACACAAGAAGUAGAAGAGUUUUCACAGAAGCAGUAGAAUGAUAGUAUAUCAAUCAGUAAUAGGGGCUGUGAGGUAGCCUAGUGGUUAAAGCGUUCGCUUGUCAUGCCGAAGACCCGGGUUCGAUUCCCCAGGUGGGUACAAUGUGUGAAGCCCAUUUCUGGUGUCCCCCGAUAUUGCUGGAAUAUUGCUAAAAGUGGCGUAAAACCUAACUCACUAAUUCAACCAGCAAUACCAGUACUUCCCAAUUCCCAGUUGAAACAACAGUUGAUUCACUCAUUACUUCUUUGGGUGAUUUAUCAAGUUUCUUAUAAGUAUUCUAUCCCAGUAAAUCUGUAAUGUAAAUGAUGAUUUGAACAGGUUUCUAUUGAGAAAGUUCAUUGAAGCACAUGGCGCCUCAGGCAAAGUCUCAGGUUGAUUUGUUGCAUUAGCUAGAUGAGGUUUCACUCCAUAGUAGACCUAUCUCGACAUCUUCCAUCAGGUCCUCUUUCCGACCUUUCCUGUCCCAUGUAAUCUCUCUCUUAAUUCAUGUCACCCUUAAUUAAUCUCACCCUUACUCUCAACCUGAAUUCAUCUCCCCUCACCUCUAAUCCAUCUCAUCUCAUCUCAACCUCACCUCACCUCACCUCACCUCACCUCACCUCAGAUUCAUGCCUGUUCUCAAACUACCACAUUGAUGUCCACUCACUUCCAAUACCACUCACGUCGUCAUAUGAGCGCAAUAUUCUCAAGCACGACGUUAACCCCAAUUUCACCUCACCUCCAAUACCACUCACUCACUUGGAACCCACCUACUCACUCACCACUGACACAGGUCCACCCCUCAACCCACAGUUAUCAUGUGUAUGUAAAUGUUUGUAAAUUGUUGAAAAUCCCCUUGAUUUUAUCGUCAUGAAAUACUGUAUUUAUGAUUUAAUACUCACAUCAUUUCUCUCAGACAGUCCAUUUUUCUGAUGUUGAAUACCUUUGACCACUGUGAAGUCAAUUCAUUCUUGUCAUUUCUCUCAUUUCCCUUUAGCUUAGUUUUAAGUUAUGUGUUGUAUCUUGGCAACUGUACACCUAGUUUUAUACUCCUGAAAAUGUCCAUUUUUAAGUACCUGGGCAUGACUAGGAUUGUGUUUUUGAUGCAUGAACCUAUGCCAGUUGUAGGAGCUAUAUCAUGCACAGCACCCCAAGUUCAACUCACAUGCAACUCUUUGUGUAGGUCGUAUUCCAUCUGAAGGAUGGAUAUCAGAACGUGUUCCAACAUCACAUUCUAUUUUCUGUCAUAAAGUUUAAUGUGAAGGAUUACCAAACAUAAAUCCUGUCAAGUUAAAUGCUCAUCUUUGUUGUAGUGGACACGUGUCAGCUGACCAAAUUGAAAACCACAUUGAUAACUCAUUCUGGUGAAUUGCACCAAGAUGGGAUUGUCAAUGCCAGUUUUCAGCCUUGAUACCAAAGGUCAAGUGAGCUAUAGGAUAAUGAAAUACCUUAUCUUCUUGCAUACUUGCAGUGUCGUCACAAUCAUCUACUAUGGGUUCCCAGAUUCAUACAUGGUUUGUGCAGGGUCUGUUGAUGACUGGUUUGAAUCUCAGAUGAAUCAACAGUCUCUGCAAGGGUCUGCUGAUCAGGGAUUGGAAGGCUGAUGAAUCCAUGGUCUGAGCAAGGGUCUGCUGAUCAUGGAUUUAAAUCCCAGGUGCAUCCAUGGUCUGUAGUUGGUUCUGCUGAUCAUGGAUUCAAAUCCCAGGUGCAACCAUGGUCUGUAGUUGGUUCUGCUGACCAUGGAUUCAAAUCCCAGGUGCAACCAUGGUCUGUGAAAGUUUUGAUGAUUCUGGGUUUGAAUCCCAGAUGAAUCCAUGGUCUGUACCAGGUUUCACUGCUCAUGGAUUCCAAUUCCCAGAUUCAUUCCAAUUGGUUUUGACUGAAGUGAUGUUUGUAAACUGACUGCAUCAGUGUGUUUCCUUCCUUGGUAAGCUGAGAAGCCAUCUUAAGAGAAUUUCAGCACCAAUGCCUGUGAAACCCACACAGAAAAAUGUAUGUUGUGUCUAGUUAAGACUUCCAUGUCAUUUAGUGUCAGUCAUGUGGGUGAUGUUAUGUUGUGUAUGGUAUGUUCAAAAUACCAAGCUAUCUUUCAUUGUAGUUCAUCUCUUCUUUUCAUGAGCAGAACUUGAUGAUGAGGGUGAUACUUUUUGCAAGAAAAUAAUUGUCACAUAUAUGCACUGUCAAUCCAUUAUACAUAGACCAUUACAUGAAUCACUCAUUUUAUUCAAGUUGAAAAUUACUCCAGAAAA